GGCACCUUGGCUUCCGGCGGCGAGCUCGGAGCGCGCCGAGCCCGCCGGUUCGGCGACCGGAAGGGUCUGUGCUUGCCGCCGAGACUGUUGGUCCUUUUAGAAACAUCUCCAUCAUGUCUGACACUCAAGAAGCUACCAGAGAGUGCCUGGGUAUGAACCUUGAUGGGAACAAAGAGCCUGUGUCUCUGGUAGAAAGCAGCGUCAGAAGUGAGUCGGAGCAUCUCCAAGUCACUGUUGGAGCCACUGUACCCACUGGCUUUGAACAAACGGCUGCGGGGGAAGUGAGAGAGAAACUGAAGUCGGCCUGCAGAAUCAGCAAAGACCGCGGAAAGAUCUAUUUUGAUAUUGCAGUGGAAAGUCUGGCUCAGGUUCAUUGUCUGAGAUCAGUUGAUAACUUGUUUGUGGUUGUUCAGGAGUUUAAAGAUUACCAGUUCAAAGCUACGAAGGAAGAAGUUCUAAGAGACUUUGAAGAACUGGCUGGAAAACUCCCAUGGUCAGACCCUUUAAAAGUCUGGCAAAUUAACACCACUUUCAAGAAGAAGAAAGCAAAGCGCAGAAAGGCAAAUCAGAGUGCAGGUAAAGAGAAGGCUGACUGUGGACAAGGAGACAAAGCCGAUGAGAAAGAUGGAAAGAGAAAGCACGCCAGCAGCACCUCCGAGUCACGAAUCUUGGACUAUUACGAAAAUCCAGCCAUCAAAGAAGAGAUAUCAACCUUAGUAGGUGAUGUCUUGUCAUCUUGCAAAGAUGAAACUGGUCAAAACUUAAGAGAAGAAACUGAACCACAGGUACAGAAGUUUAGAGUCACCUGCAACAGAGCAGGAGAGAAACAUUGCUUUACCUCCAAUGAGGCUGCGAGAGAUUUUGGGGGUGCUAUUCAAGAGUACUUUAAGUGGAAGGCUGAUAUGACCAACUUUGAUGUAGAGGUUCUCCUAAACAUCCAUGAUAAUGAAGUCAUUGUUGCUAUUGCACUGACAGAAGAGAGUCUCCAUCGAAGAAAUAUUACACAUUUUGGACCUACAACUCUUAGAUCAACUCUUGCCUAUGGGAUGCUCAGAAUAGACCAGAAUGUCAUCAUCCUAAAGGGUCCUAAAGGGCAAAAUAGUUAUGAAGUGCUGUAUUCAUGCAUGCAUGUCUUUGUGGCAGAAACAGGGGCUACUGAGUGGUCUCACUGUUACCAUAUUGCUGGGGACAACAACCCACUGGCAGUGAACAGAGCAGCAAAUAACAUCUCAUCUCUAUUGACUAAGAGCCAGAUUAAAGAUGGAAAAACAUCCUGGGGUUUGCCCAUUGAUGCUGUUCAGUGGGAUAUCUGCAACCUCCCACUGAGAACUGCUUCUGUGGAUAUUAUUGUAACAGAUAUGCCAUUUGGAAAAAGGAUGGGAUCCAAGAAGAGAAAUUGGAAUCUAUAUCCAGCUUGCCUUCGGGAAAUGAGCCGUGUCUGUAGACCAGGGACAGGCAGAGCUGUACUGCUUACUCAGGACAAGAAAUGUUUUACCAAGGCCUUAUCUGGAAUGGGACAUGUGUGGCGAAAGGUCCAUACAGUCUGGGUGAACAUCGGGGGCCUUCAUGCUGCAGUUUAUCUUCUAAAGCGCACUGCUCAAGCCUUUGUUCAUCCUUCAGAUCAAGAUGAAGGAAGAGACCCUCCUUGGUAAAGAAAAGAAUGAAGACAAUAAUAUUUGUAGUUCCUAACACUGGAAAUAUCAGCAUAAAGAACUUGCUUUGGAAGAAAAAUAGCAGAAAAGUAACUUACAGUACAGGUUACACUGCUUGACCACUCCAGAAUGAUUAGAUUUUUAGCAAGGUGAUUGUAAUGGUAUUUCUUAAGAAGCCUACACUGCUUGGCUUCUAAGUGUCAGAACACUUUAGGCCAUAUUCUAUUGCUUGUGCAACCUACUGUUCUAUGGUCUAAAUUCUUUGUCUCAUCUCAGAAACAGAAGCAUCCCUUAAGAUCUACAGUUUAUCAUCUGCCUUAAAAUAAAUAGACAACCUAAACAGAGCAAAGAUGCUUGUGUGACUAUUAUAAUAAGAUAUUACUAAGUAGUAGAAACAUCAGUAGAUAAGGUAUGGAACCAACAAGCCUAAUUAAAGAAAUUUCUCUUUUA